UAUAGCCCCCAUAAAAAAAAUAAAAAAAGAGGGGAUAAAAAAUCAUUCCAAAAUGAUUUGGCAUUUUUUAUUACGGGAACAAACCCCCCCGUUUUAAGUAAAAAUAAAAUUUCAGUUUGGGGAUUGGAAAGUAGAUCAAGUUCAGAUGAAGUUGAAGAAUUAGCAUCAGUACCAAUCGAUGGUAUAAUUACAGAUUUAAAAGUUUUUGAAAAUAAUAAUAAACCAAUGAUAGUAGCUUCAACAUCUAAAGGAUCAUUACAUUUAUUCUCAAUAUAUAAUUUACCAUCAAAAUUUGAAUAUUUAGGUUAUCAACAGCAAAUAAAUAAUAGAUCUUUGGUAUCAAGAAAUAGUGAUGACAGUACUUAUGACAUUUGUAAUAUAUUUAAAGAAAAAUCAUGUGAUCCAAUAAAUAAAAACUCAAGUUUAAAUUCAAUAGAUAUUAGUUAUGAUCAACAACACCUUAUUACAGUUGGAAAUGAUGGUUUUAUGAGCUUAUUAUCAUUAGAUUCACUUUUACCAAUUUAUACAAAUAGAUAUAUUGAUGGAUUAGGAGUUAAUGUUGUAAAAUCAAUUUCAAAUAGUCAGGUUAUAACAUCUGGUGAAAACCCAAUAAUAAAGUUUUGGGAUUUUAGAGCAAAUUCAACUACACCAACAAAAAUAAUUAAAACUCAAAGUCCAAGAAUUAAUAGUUUAGAAGUUCACCAAGAUCAACAACAUAUUAUUGCAGCAGGUGGUUCUGAUGGUAGAGUUACAUUAUUUGAUAUUAGAAGUGGAGAUUACCCAAUUGAUCAAAAUAAAAACCAUAAUUCAGAUGUUUGGGAAUUAUCAUUUAAUAAAUCAAAUCCAAAUCAAUUAUAUUCAUGUUCAGAAGAUGGUUCUAUUUAUCAAUAUUCAUAUAGUAACGAUAACUUUAUGAGAGCAGAUGACGAUAAUACAUUCGAUUUAUAUAAUAAAGAAGUUACACCAUUACAAUUACCAGGAUGCAUUGGCUCAAUUGAUUCGUUUGACAUCAACUCAAAUAUUAAUCGUUUAAUUUGCUGUUCGACAACUUCCCAAUGUUUAAUUGUUAAAUCGAUUUAA